AUGAUGGGGAAGAAAAAAGGCUUCACUGUGUCUUGGUCUAAUGAUGAUGAGUCAGAAGAUGAGACUAACAAUGAAUCUGCAAAACUUAUGGUGGAUCUUUCUGGCAUAUGGGCAGAUGAAGUGAAAGCUUAUGAUGAUAGUGUUCUCUAUGAAGACCUUGAUGUAUUCUACAAGGAUACUUAUGACAGGUGUGAAGAAAGUCUUCAAACAUUAGAAGAACACAGGAAGAUUAUAGUUGAAUUAGAGAGUGAAAAAAAGAAGCUUCUAUAUUCUGUUUCACAUCUUUAUAGUGAGGUAACUCUCUUAAAUUCCAAGCUCAAUAACAUGUCAUAUUCCUUGAAGAAAAUGAAAAGUAAGGCUAAAAUAGUGAGAGAGGAAGGAGAUACUGAAGUUGAUUAUCAAUCUAAUAACAAACAAAGAAGAGUAUAUGAAGAGGAGUCAUUUUAUCAUGAAAGCAGGCUUCUAUCUUUCAUGCAGGUUUUUUUGGCAGCUGCCUUGGUUUUCACAGCAGGCUUGGGCUUGGAAGUAGCUGGCUUUGCCGUCCUUAUGAACUUUGAACGCAAACCUUGA